AUGUCUACACUUAUUUCCUUGCCCGAACGGGCUUACUUCGGCGGGCAGCAGCCCAAGACCGCCGAAGAUAUCGAGGCUCAGCCUCCUGUGGUUGACGAUGACGGUAAGUGGAAGAAGCCAAAUUGGUGUACGGAGAGAAAUUUCUUAUUCCUUUUGAUUGGGCUGCUUGUCUUCGGUCUGCUGCUCAUGCUCGUGCUUCUCGCGAACAAUGCGAUCCCGGAGGCGCAUCCGGAGCAAGUGCAGUCUCCGGCGCAGCGCAUUUCUACUGCACCUUCCUGUAUUCAAAGCGCAGGGCAGUGA